UGGAAGAUGUCCCCAUCACAAAACAUCACAGUUUUUGUUAAUUAGUCCUCUGAAGAAAUGUCUUAUCCACCCCCUGGCGGUUCUUUCUUCCCUGGCCAGACACCGCUGCAAGGCGCUCAACGCCAGCAAGCCCGUCCCGUCUCCUCCGCUGCCACGUCGCCAGUUUUUAUCAAAGCAGAGCAGCAUCCGCAAAUACCGCCGGCUCACUAUCCGAGUUACGUUUCGCCGCACCAGCACCUCCAGCCUCAGCCGUUUCCCGGGGGUCCGCCCGCCGGAACUUACCCGCCCCGUCCAGCGAACCAAUUCCACCCCGCUCCGCCAAAUGUGACUUUGCAGUAUGGCGCGGCCGGCGCCGCUGUUCCUGCCACACCCGGGCCCUAUUACAGCCUGCCAAAUCCGUCCAAUAUAUACCCUCCUCAAUACCAACCGCCUCCUCCUCCUCCGCCGCCACCGCCGCCGCCGCGGCGACCUACACCUCAGGCUCAAGGCCAACCCACCCCAUCUUCAACAGCAUCGCCAUAUCCCCGAAUUCAGAUAUGUCCGCGCCCCCCAUCGCAGAUACAAGGGCCAUCAAGGAACACUCAGAAACAAAAGUCUCCGGUACCUCUAGCUGCCACUGGUGACCAUAUGCAAAGCAUGCGCCCUACCCCCUCGAAGCAAACUAAACUAGCGAAAGCGCGCCCCAAGUGUGAGAACCAGUCAAUCGACUAUCAAGUACUCUUGCUAUCCUUGGCAGACGAAUACUUUGACGCGGCCCAUAGUCAAGGGACUAUCCUAGCUGCCUCCCGCCAGGAGGCCGACAUCGAACAAUAUCAUAAGCUGAUUGCGACAGGGCUAUGCUGCAUUGAGGCAGUCCUGAGGAACUGGAGGCUGCAGCCCCGAACAGAAGCUCUUCUUCGACUUCGAUAUGCGCGUAUACUGUAUGAGGAGACACACAAUGAUUUGGAAGCUGAAACUGCAUUGAGCAAAGGGAAUAAAAUGUUUGACUUGAAAUAUAGCAUGCAACAACUGUUAUGUCGAAUACUAUAUAAAUCUAAUCCUAAAGCCGCCAUGAAGGCCGUGGACGGCAUUAUUCGCGACGUUGAAGCAUACUGCCAUACCGCUUGGGAAUAUGCCUUUCGCUUCCUACGAGUCACGCUGUCUCUUUCUUCUCCGUCCCAUCAAGACUUCGUGGCAGCGCUGCAUAACUUACAAAAGAUAGCCUCCAUAGCGAAUCGCGUUAGGGACAGAGCGGUCGUUGUCGCUUCCGCAACAAUUGAAGCACUUGUUCAUUUACAGCAGUCAUCAAGUGGCGACUCCAUUGAGCAGGCGCAGAGAGCUAUCGCAAUAGCACGGAGCCAUCAGCUCAACGAAAAUGUCGCGGACGUGCCGCACAUUAGCACGAUGAUUCAGAUCAUUGAUAUAUGCUGUAGUGUCCUUGAAUAUGAUAUUGGCCAAGCUUCCCAGAAGUUACAAAUUCUUCAGAAGAAUAUGGAUCAAAAUAUCAAUAACCCCCUUUGGCAGGAUGAUGGAUCUUUUUCAAUUCCCCUAAGCCGAGAAGCUGUUAAAAAUUCUGUGGUAGAAUUUGGGGAUAUCCUUCAGGCGGAGAAUGGCAAGAUGGUGCUGGUAUUGAACUGGCUUCCGGAACUUGAUCUCUAUGCCUUGUGCUACUUUCUUAGUUCCGUGACGCUGAGCGCAAAGAACUCCCAAGAUGGGCAUAAGGCUGAGAAAUACUUACAAGAAGGAUUGCGGAUGAUCCGAGGCAGUUUUGAGUCUCCGCAAGAAGUAUCUGAAUCUCUCAUGUUUGCCAGCGCCCGUCUUCACUGGCGGAGACUGCUUUAUUGCCAUAUGCUCCUUCAACAAAUAUUUCUUGCCUGUGCCCGGACGGACUGGCAAUUAGCAAACCGUACGUUGAAAGAAGUUCAAACUGCUUCUGCAGAGCUCGGCGACGGCUCACAUGAGACCAUCUACUGUCUCAUACAGUAUGCAGCUGGCGUAAUAUCUCAAGCCACAGGAGAUUUGACCAAAGCUCUCGCAAUUUUCGAACAACCUAUCUUCUAUUUGUCGCAAUCUGUCAACAAGUUAAGCCGUAACGAUCCUCGUCGUGAUACUGCAAUUCUUGCCGGCCUGAACUGCGUGCUUAUUCACCGUGACCCCUCUCGACCAUCAUAUUCAGAUGCUGCCAAGACCUUGAGUGCCCUUGAUCCGUUUUGCCAAAACAGUCCGAACAGAUACGUUCAGGCUGCUUAUUCUUUGAUAAGCGCCACUAUUCAGACGGAAUCCACCAUGCAGACAAAACGCAAUCUUCAUCAGUCGUUGCAAGCUGCUACAGCAAUUUGCAACAGCCAGGUGACUUGUCUGGCCCUCACCUUUAUGAGCUGGAAGUACUUCCGCGGUGUGGUUGGUGAGCAGUCGGAGAAAAGCGCUAUGGCUGCCAAGGCUAUGGCAAGAAAGACGGACGAUAAAUUAUGGAUUAGCGUGACGGAUGAGCUGCUCGCAGAGACGUUGGAUCGGCAAGGGAAAGCAAGUGAAGCUGUUGCUUUGAGACAAAAAGCAGACAACGAUUUAGCGAAGCUUCCUCCAGUUUUAACAAAAACUGAUAAACAACGGCCGGGCCAAUAUGGCUCAACUACUGAGAUGAAGAUGAAAGCUGUUAGAAUUUAAGGGCGCACCGGCUGAACGGAGUUCUAGGUUGGGAGUUACUGGGGCUUUCACAGCGUAUCCUUACGGGAAUAGGUUUUCCGAAACUAUAAAGCACGGAGUAUGUUCUGACUUGCCGAAUCGAGUUGAUAUCCAGAGUAUAAGUAUAUGAAUCUUCCAGAGAUUAUUAUAAGCACACGCAAGAGCGACGGAUAACUUAGUCCGUGACCAUAGAUGC